UAUUUGUAUGUAACUGUGUGAAAUAAAUUCAAUUAAAUCAUAAAAAAAAAAUAAAUAAAAUAAAUAAAUGACUAAAUUAUUGAACGUAACCGGAAAACCCAUAUUGAUUGCCGUGCGGCUGCUUGCUUCAAAUAAGUGUCGAGUGCAGAAUUUUAUCGAACGAAUCGUAUCGAAUUCGAAUUAAUUUUUUAAGAAUUUGUGGGAAUAUAUUCAAGAAGAAGAAGAGUAAAGGCAAAUCAAAAUGAAAUAAAAAAAUCGCUGUGAAAUAUAGAUUUAAAAAAAAAGUAACUAAAAUUUAUAGACAAUAGAUAAAUACUUGUAAAACUUUUUGAACUCAAACAAAAAUGUGCGUGUUUACGGCAAAUGAUGGCCAAAAAUGGCGGCUAAACCACCGAAGCCGCCAGCUACUUUUCUGAAGCAAAGUAGGCACAACAACAGCAACAACAACGUCGACGACGACUGCGUCGACGAUAGUAACGGCAACAGCAAAAACGAAGCAAGCACUUCCGCCGCCUUAGCAGCAGGAACAGCAUCUGCAACGCCUACCUCCACCCCACCAAACGCUGAAAAAUACAGCAAACUGGGUAUACGACGCUACAAUAGUCGUGACAAUCUUUUAAAUUACAUCAGCAACGAUAGCGAAAGUGAAGCAACAGCAACAGCAGCAGCAGCAGCAGCAGCAGCUGGAAGCUCUAGUGCCGAAGGAGCCGCCGCGGUACAACGUCCCACUUGUAAUUGCACGAAUAUAAGUAUUAUGCACCUCUUUCAUGAGAUGAAGCAGGAGUUUCCCACAAUACCCGAUCCGAUUGUAGCACAGUGUGUGAACGAGAAUUGCCAUCAGCGAGAGAAUUGUAUACAGAUGUUGAGGAAUGAAUUGGCGCUGAAUCCAAUACCCGUACAAACGUAUCCAGCGAAAGUCUUGCAGCAACUCAACAUCAACCAACAACACAACAAUCACAAUCACCAACUGCAGCAGCAGCAACAACAGCAAAAGCAACAACAACAGCCGAGAAAAAAUAGUCUACGCACACCGCCACACCCACAACCGCCGCAACGGCAAAAAAACGCGUCGCCACAAAAACCGCCAACGCCUUUGCGUCCUAUUCGCGCCGCGCCAACAACGCCAUCGCAGUUGCCAUCGCCAGCGCGCACACGUGCGGGCGCAAAUAGUAGCGGCUCGGUUAUACCGCCAAACCAAUGUGAUAGUGUUGAGUUACUGCAAAAUAAUAAUAGAAAUUUAUUGAAAGAUGUUCAGAGUGUGCAUAGUGCGCAGUGCAAUAACCCGUGUAUUGAUAACAAAAGCCCUAGUGACAAUAGCAACAACAAUAGUAGUGUCAGUGAGUUUAGCUCGAAAAACACGUGUGAUAUGCCCGCGGCCGCAACGGCAAACGCACCCGCGAACGCGUCGAUUGAUUGCGCGCGCACGAGUGAUUUUAUAGCUCAGCUCAAUAGAGUUGCCACAAAUCCGGCGCCACCGACGUCGCCAGCUAAAUUGGACGCCUUAGGUCAACGUGCGCGCCCCAAUACGCUUAAUUUGCAAGCAUCUCAGCAACAGCUGCAGCGUCAACAGUUGAAUAAGCAACUGCAACAACAUUUACAGCAACGCAGUCAGCUGAAACAUCAGCCGCAGCAGCAGCAACAGCAAGAUCUACCGCUGCAGAAGCCAAUACGUAAAGCGCCGCUGCCGCCGAUUGCGCCGAAACCUGUAUUUCACAAUAAUAUCGGCUACAACAACAACAACAGCGGGAAUAACAAUAACAACAGUUGUGGAAAUUCACCACAAUCACAAAGCGGCACAAGCUACUCAACCGAAUCGAACUUGGCGAGUCCGAUUAGUUCGUGCUCGGGCGAAAAUGAAAUAUCAUCGAAUAUUGUUAGCUCGUCAGUGCAAGCUUUCGCACAUAGGCAAAAUAAUAACACUCCAGCCUCGACCGCACCAACUUAUCAGCCGGCACAGCCACAGCCACAGCCACAACCACCUUCAUCGCCUCUACGCUCACCCAUCCGUCAUCGCUCAGUCAUAAACGUACAGCCAGAGCCGCCGUACACGCGUGAUUUUCUUCCAGCCGCAAAAAUAGGCACUAGCACAGCCACAAGCCCAGCAACAACCGGUGGCAGUGGCGGCGGUAGUGGCGCAAGUACGCCAACAAGUCAGAAAAGUUUCACCUCAGUCAAUUUGACAUUGCGUCAACCCACCGCCGCGGUUCCCCAGUCGACAAUCGACAUUUCAGCCGGUCCGGUGUUGAGCGGUCACGGCAGUGGUCUCACCUAUUCCAGUACAUCGUAUAAUGCGCGUCACGGCUUUAAACAAAAUUUCCAUAUAACCGUCACCGAGGAAGGUGGUGUAUUUAAUGCGAGUCGUAUUGGACCACGCAAUAGUGGUUACUACGCAGGCAUUGAGGAGUCUGAUAAUUCGGGCGGACCAACGGGCGGUUCGGGUCAAACGACGUCAGUAACGCAGUACCAACAAACGCCCAUAACUGCGCUGAAAUCACCAACAACACAGCAGCAGCAGCAGCAGCAGCAGGGUAUACAAAAUAUUACGCCGCAAGCAAUUCAAACAGCAACAGCAACAACAACAACUGGCGGUGAGGAAAUGUGUUUGCCAUUUGAGAAUAGUGUUUUCAUCGAGACGAUAAAACGUCAGAAAACCCGUCGCGACAAGUUGGCCACGGCGCUGCGUGAGAACAAAAAGAAGAUUGGCGAUGUUGAGGAGGAGAUUAAUAUGCUAACCGAGCCCCUGAACCCCAGCGAGUCUAGUCGGCUAGAUUAUGAGAUAGAGAGAUUGCGCAACGAUUGUCAGCAAAUGCUGAAUGAAAUCGAAAAUAUCAGACGAUAUGGCCAGUUAAACGAAGCGGACCGACUGAAAUUGCAGCAGCAACAGCAACAACAAGCAUUCCUACGUCAACGGCCACCACGACCACCACCACCAAUACUGCAGCAGCAGCAGCAGCAGCAGCAGCAGCAGCAAUCCCAACCGCAAAGCCCUUAUCAAUACCCGCAGACUGAACAACACCACAACACGCCUGGCAGUGGUAGUAGCAGCGUGCACUCGAGCACACCCUGCACAACGAACACACCACUCCAUUUGCAACACUCGCCACUCUACAACCAAACCACCGGUCAUGCGGCGCCAGCAUCACUACCAUAUCAACAGCCAUCCACAGACGAGGAAGACUACUCCGAUUCGAAUACGGAUGGCGGUGAUGAUUAUGAACCGCUCGACCGUUGGGCAUGCUCCAUGUGUACAUUCCUCAAUCAUCCACAAUUGAACAUAUGCGAGACAUGUGAAUGUGUGCGCAUAAUACCGGAACCCAUAUUAAGGCGGGAAAAUAUACAUAUCACUUUAUCUCCAGGCGAGAACAGAAUUGUGCACUCUUGGGUCGUGUCAUGACAGUCACCGCAUAGACCAUCAUAACUAUUGUCUAUGUUGGUCUACUAAGGAGAGUACUCAACCAAUUGCUUAACCUAUGGAAUGCGCUUCUUAAGAGUAAAUGGAAAUAUUACUCAGCUUUUAUGUGUCGUUGACGCCUUAAGGCUGCCCGACGUAUGUACAGUUGAAUGGUGUUCAAAGUGUGAUGGCAACGCAACGGUCUUGUGAUAACUGCUUAUUUUUAAGCGUGGAAAAUUGUACAGUUUUCUUUCGAGAGAGAAUUUUAUUGGCGAAACUCAACAAAAGUAGGAGUGAGAGAUAAUUUUUGAACGAUAGUCUCCUACGAAGCUGGUCAUAUACACUUAGAUAUACUGUGCUUUUGAUGUGAUGAGAAUGUGCUUCUCGACUUGAAUCAAAAAUUAUCUAUACACAAAACACUCUUAUGAGAUUGAAAUAUUGGAGGCGGUCAGUGGAAUUCGGUGCUCGAAGCCCAGUGAACCGGGUUAAUGCUGGACUGAAAAUUACAAUUGGUUAGGAAAAGCUUUUUAAGCAAUGAAAAUAAUUUCACUAAAACAAAUAAUAAUAAUUUUUUUUCAAAAGAAGAAAAAAUAAUAACAAUUUCAAUUUCAACUCGAAUCUGAUUGUCAUAUUUAGGUAUAUGUAAACGUAAAUACAUAUUCAUGUUUAGUUGAUGAAAGGUAAAAAAGUUGGAAGCGGUCAAGUUUAUCGUAAUUAAUUUUUUUUUUUAUUUUUCUUAAAUAUUAUAUUUUAAAAUUAAGUAGUCUUGAAGUUCAAAAUUCAAACAAAAAUCGAAAUCUUGUGUUUUUCAUGUUGAGUUUUUUUCUAUUCAGCUGAUGACUUGCAGUUUUAAAUAUUUCAUUUUGAAAUUAAAUAGUUUUGAAGUUAGUAACUCGAACAAACAUCGGAAUUUUUAGUUUUUUAUAUGCAUUUCGUUUAGUGAUGAUUUUUUAGUGAAUUUUUAAAGUUUUGACGGUUUUAGUGAUUAUUUUUGUAUUUUGAAAAUUUAGUUUUUUCUAUUAAUUUCAAUUUAUUUGGCCUUUUUAGUGAUGAUUCAGAGUAACAAAGAAAGCUUCUUUUAAUAAAUGCGAAAUAACGGUUUUUGCUAACAGUAAAUGCAUUGAAAUGUAUAAAUUUUACAAAGAAAAAUUUUUAAAAUUAUAAAAAAAAAUUUUAAAAUUUAUUUAAACGCACUAAAAAGUGUUGAAAUUCAACAAUCAUGAUUUGGCACCUUUUAACAUUUCAUCAACUACAUACAUACAUACUCGUUUGUAUGUAUUUAAUCUGAAUCUAACGCAUUUAUCAAUUCAAUUAUUUAAAACAAAUUGUUAUAUAGUGUUAAACAAAAAGAAAAAAACUAAAAAGGAAAUUUUAGUUAUCAUGAGACAGAUCCAGUUUUGAACGAUUUCGAAAAGUAAACGAAAACUCUUUUUUGACGCCGAAAGAAAAGUAAAUGUAUGAAGAAGAAGCAUAUAGCGCCAGUAACGUAUUUAUUGCUUGAUAAUUGUAGCGUAAAUUUAUGUAAUGUAUUUGUAUGUGUGUGUGCGUGUUGAAUUGCUGCUGGCAGCAAAGUAAAUACAUAUGUAUGUAUGUAUAUUAUUUGUCUUAUAAACUAAAUAAAGUUGUAUAAAUAUAAUUUGCGCUUUAAAAACGCUCAAAAUGAUUGUCGGGCGAACUUAGUACAUACAUAUAUGUACAUAUAGAUAAAUACUGAAAAAAAAAAUUUGGGAUUUUAUAUGUAUGCAU